AUGCCACCUAAACCGUCGGCUAAAGGGGCUAAAAAAGCUGCAAAAUCUCAGAAAGUUCGUGGAGGGGAUAAAAAACGGAAGUCACGUCGGAAAGAGUCUUAUUCCGCAUACAUUUAUCGUGUGCUGAAACAGGUUCACCCAGACACAGGUAUUUCUUCGAAGGCAAUGUCAAUCAUGAAUUCGUUUGUGAACGAUGUGUUCGAACGUAUUGCUGCUGAGGCAAGUCGUUUGGCACAAUACAAUAAACGAUCUACCAUUUCAUCACGUGAAAUCCAGACUGCAGUGCGCCUGAUUCUUCCAGGUGAAUUGGCAAAACAUGCUGUUUCUGAAGGGACGAAGGCUGUUACGAAAUAUACAAGUUCCAAGUGA